AUGGAUGACUAUUAUGAUUAUUUUUCUACAUACGAAAAUCCAGAAGAAGAAAGUUGGAAUACUGACCUGAAUGACCAGAAAUUCAUGUUUACUCAUGAUUUUUUGGCAGCAACGAAAGCAAGGAGUUUAGUAGAAGAUCAAAUAA